CCUCCAGACGCCGCGCCGCGCCACGCCGCACCGCGCACGCCCACGCCCACGCCCUCUCACCUCACCACCACCGCCCCUUGCUGCCGGUCCCGUCUCGCCGCUCUCCCCUGCUCCCAACCGCUCUUUCCCUCCCUUUUGCCGCCCGCCCCCCGCACCGCGAACCUCAUCCCCCCCGCCCGGCUCCGGCGCCGGACCGCCGCGGCGUCGGCGCCGAAAACCUAGGCACGCCUUCCGUCGGCGCUCGGGCCCGGCCGUGCCCAUGACGUCGUGCGAGUGCCUGGUGGUCGAGAAGGUGGCGGAGGACCACGCCGGCGGCGGCGGCGAGGCGACGGCGGCCAGGGGGAGCGGCGGGUCCUGCGCGGGGGAGCGGUGGGCCGGCCGGGCCCCGCGGUCCGAGGCCAUGUUCCCCAUCUACGUCAUGGGGAGCUCGCGGGCGCGGGCCGUGCUGCUCGACCCCUCCGCCGCCGGGGACCCCAUAUGGGAGGCCGUCAAGGCCGAGGCCAGGUCCGAGGCAGAGAAGGAGCCUAUUUUAAGUAGCUUCUUAUAUGCGAGCGUAUUAUCUCACGACUGCCUCGAGCGGGCGUUGAGCUUCGUCCUUGCAAACAGGCUUGAAGAUCCAACCUUGCUUGCGACUCAGCUCAUUGACAUUUUCAAUGAUGUUAUGAUGAACGACGCAGAUAUACGCCGUUCCAUUCGCCUUGAUGCUCAGGCCUUCAAAGGGAGAGAUCCUUCCUGUGCACAAUAUAGCUGGGCACUAUUAUACCUAAAGGGUUACCAUUCCUUGCAGUCCUAUAGGAUAGCUCAUGUAUUAUGGAAUCAAGGGCGUAAGGUUCUGGCGUUGGCGCUGCAAAGCCGUAUCAGCGAGGUUUUUGCAGUGGAUAUACACCCAGCUGCCAAAAUUGGGGAAGGAAUAUUGCUGGAUCAUGGAACAGGUCUAGUCAUUGGUGAAACUGCUGUUGUUGGCAAUUGGGUUUCAUUAAUGCAGGGUGUUACGCUUGGAGGUACUGGAAAGGAACAUGGAGAUAGACACCCCAAGAUCGGUCAGGGAGCUCUUCUUGGAGCUGGUGCUACUAUCCUUGGCAACAUAACUGUAGGUGAAGGUGCCAUGAUUGCUGCUGGUUCCCUUGUUUUAAAGCAUGUACCGCCUCACAGCAUGGCGGUAGGAAAUCCUGCGAAGGUGGUUGGCUAUACAGAGAAAGAAGACCCUUCGUUAACCAUGAAGCAUGAUGCAAGGAGAGAUUAUUUUGAGCAUGUCGCCGGUAGUUUUCCAGACGGUAGAUCCAAUGGAAGCGUCGUGAAGUAAAAAACUUGGAUGGAGUGGCAACAAGGAGGAAUGAAUUUUGGACAUCCUAGAGCAUGGCGCUGGAUAUUUGGCGAGGCACGCUUGGUGCUUCCCCCCUUCUCGGCCGCCGAGGGACCUCUUUGGGAAUAUGCAGGCGGGUCGCCUAGGGUCCCCGAGAGCUUCCCAGAUGUAUUUAUCAUGUGCCCUUAAACUGAUGCAAUAAUGUGAAGAUGUUUUCUGUAAAAAACUGGAAGGAAUGGUACAGGUAUGAUCUGUAGAGAUCUCCAGCAGCAAGCCGUAGAUACCUCAGAUCAGAGCGUGUGACCUCAGCUACAACUAUGCUACACUGUUCUGGUCAUCAGCAUCAAAAGAAAAGUAGUUAUGCG